AUGGCAAAACCUCAAAGUUGUUGCCCACCUUUUGCAGAUCAUGAGUCUGUCAACCCUCCUUCAAACUGGAGUGACCCUGCUCCAAGUCAUUACCCACCAUUAGCAGAUUCAGAUUAUCAUAAGUCUGUCGACCCUCCUUCAAGCACGAGCCAUGCUGCUCUGAGUCGUUGCAUAUGCAACAACAUUAAUCCAUGUCUCAAUCACAUUGCGCAAACGUCUAUUGAAGUACCAUCCCCACCUGCAUCUCCGACUUGUUUGAACGUUCCUUUCCCCUUCUCGACUCAUCUGAACAAUCCUGUCCCCUUCUCUACUCGUCCAAAUGAUCCUUUCCCCUUCUCCUUGUAUUUCAGCUAG